AUGCCCAAACGACGACCACCUCAUCAACUAAACCUCCUCCCUCCCUCCCUCCUCCUAUCCUUACUACUACUCCUCCCCACAACCGCCACGGCAAUUCAAUACCCCAUCCCGGCUUCAAUCUUCAAAACCCACAGUUCGGCCGGAAACCCAAUCCUACACAUCCAACCGUCCUUCCACCAUUCCUCUGAAACAAAAUCACUGUUAAACUUCAAAUCCAUCUUUCUGGCAAAUCCGGCACCGGACGCCGCGUUGGAAAAAUCAUUACUUUCUGAUAAUUUCUUCAUACAGGAUGUUGAUGGGGUUCAGGUUCCUAAUUUUUCGGUUGAUAAGGGAAAAGGGGUUUUGGUGUUUGAGAGGGGGAGGAGGUAUAUGAAUGAUGAUGAUUAUAAAAAAAACAAUAAUAAGAAUAAUAGUAAGAAGAGUUAUGGUGGUAGGGUGGGGAAAGAUACUGGAGAAGUCUGGGUGAUGACUUUUCCUGUUCUUUGCAAUAGUGGUGGUGGUGGGGAUUAUACGGAAAAGGAUUAUACGAUUUUUAGGAGUGGAGCUGGGAAGACGGAUUGGGAGGAGAUAAACCUGGGGAUUCGAAAGAAGGAUUCGAAGUCUUGGUCUCCCUCGGCUAGAUACCUAGGAAGAGGGUUCAUGGUUGAUGACAUCUUCGAAGCUGGUGAUGGCAAAGAUGGAGCAGGAGAUGCGUCAUCAGUAUUAAGUGGCCAGGAGAGACUAUAUUCCUUUGGAGGGCUGUGUAUCGGUGGAGAUGAGUAUUUGGGAAAAGGAAAGAAUGAUUCCUUUUCUGCUGAUUUGUGGAAGAUUGAGAAUUCAACGACGACGGUUGAAAAGCCUCGGAUGAUUAAGAGGAUGGAGAUGAAGAGAGGACUGGGAAUACGGCAAGAUGGGGGGUUUAGUAUUAAUGGGACGGUGUCGAUGACUACUACUACGGAUUUGGAGUCUACGAUGGUCACGACAGCUUCUGAUCUGUCUUUGAGUGACACUACAAGUCUAUGGAGCAGUACGGCUACAGAGAUUACUAGCGAUAUUGCUAGUAGUUCGGAAAGUAGCAUGGCUGCAGAGACUACCAUCGACACUACCACUACGGACUCAGGAAGCAGUACGACAUCAUCAGAAGUCCAGACAUCUAUUCAAACUACAAAACUUGCUACAUCUACAACUUCAUCUACAAAACCUACAUCCACAGCAGUAUCUUCAACAUCUACCACCUCAGCCGCCGCAAAAGAGACGAAUCGAGAUCCAUCUUCAUCUCUAGAUGUCAGUAUCACUCUCCCAGAAAACCCACCAAUCCCAGAAGCAGGGUUCUCGAUGACCCAAUUGAAAAUAAACUCGACUUCUUCGGAAAACAAUAGCCAAGACGGCAUGUUAAUCCUCGGUGGAUAUACAUCUUCACGUCGUUUCGUAGGAUUAGGCCAACUAGCCUUUUUCUCCCCCAAAUCCGAAUCCUGGAGCUUCGUCUCCGCCAGUCUAAGCGACAACGACAUAACCCCUCGAGCGGGGCAUUCCGCCGUGGUAGACGAAUCUCAAAAGAGAAUAAUCGUCUUCGGCGGGUGGAUAGGAAAUAUCACCCGUCCCGCAAAGCCAUCUAUGGUUAUUUUAAAAAUCGGAGAUUUGGAUAGUAACGGAUGGGAAUGGGAUACCUUCAACGCCACCGAAGAAGUUGAAGGAUCCGCCCCACCAGACGAUACCCCACUAUGGGGUCAUGCGGCUAUCCUCCUCGAAGGGAACGUAAUGAUGCUUACAUCUGGUUUUCACGUCAAAAGCCUAGAUUCUUCUGGUAAACAGAUGGUUAACCAAAAAACCUGGUAUUUGAAUCUAACUUCGAACGAGUGGGUUCGACAAUAUCAUUACCCCCACGAGCAAAUUCCAGAAACAGUGGUUGGUGGGGAUAUCAAAAAGAGUCAUAGGGAUAUUGCCCUGUUAGCCGGAGUAUUCGGAGGAGUCGCCCUGUUGGUUGUGACCCUCGCGGUAUUAUUUUGCUAUGCUAGAAGGCAGGAGGAGUAUUCUGAUGUAUCGAACGGAGGGAUGUCGAAUGAGUAUGGUAACAGCGACGGUAGUGAUAAAUUCGAUUCCAUGGAUUUGGAAUACGGGAAGAAAAUCCCCACUAUUACUGCCACUAGAGGUGUGGAAUCAUUCAAUCCCUUCCGAAGACGCACAAGACCGGAAGAAGUCGGUGCCCUACCCCGAGAAAACGGCGCGGGGAGCCCAGAAUUACCACCCCCAACCCGUGCACCGUUAAGAACGCACAUGCACAGAAAUAUGAAUCAACCAUCACAUGUGGACAUGGAGAUGGUAGAAAGGAUGCGAGAUCAACAGGAGCAACGGGAGAAUAUGCUGCAAGACUCCACGGCACCAGAGAGGAGAAGGAGUGUCAGGAGUGAAAUGGUAGCUUGGGUUAGAGAAUGGGCUAAUGCCGAUGCUGCCGCACAAGCUGCAGAAGUUUUAACAAGAAGCAAACAGGAGAGGGUGUGUUCCGGGAGCUCCAGAGUUAAAAAAGAAUCCUCGGCUUUGGGGGCUGUAGGAGCGAAGGAUAUGUAUUUGAAACCCGGAAGGGCGGCGAAUAGUACACCAAAGAGUAACGCUGCUACGACAGGUGUACCGGACCCAACGGAUAGGUGUGUUACCAGUUGUUCAUCAACUUACUCCGACGGAGUGGUUAGCACGCUUGCUGCCUCCGAGAACUAUACUACUCCGGAAGAACUACCAUACCCCGUUCCACCGAUGCUAUUAUCGACUUGUCAGAACUAUGAAGAGCAAAGCCCCAGAAACCCAAGGUUACUCGUCGGACCCCACGGUGUCACCGCACCAUUACCCAAGAAGAUGGCACAAGAGUUUCCAAUACCUACAUUGAUCCCACGAGACUCGCUAUCUUCUCAAUACGGAGGUGGAUAUAAUAAUCACUAUUCGUACAGCAGCACCCAACCGCUAUUAGGACAAGCCCAAGAUUCAGCAGGCGAUGACAGAAAUAGCGAAGGAUGGAGAGACGUUACUCCUGCAUCCCAUUUCUUCACAAACAUCCCCCUUACAACACCCGAAGAAGAAGACAUACAACCCCAUAGCUAUGUCAAACGCGGAAAGUCCCUGCAAGAUAGGAUCAGGGAGGAGAUGUAUAACCCCGGUCCCUCAAGAACAGAUGACGAUUGUAGACUAUCCUCUAUAGUGGACUUCUACGCGGAAUCUAAAUCGCCAACACCUAUACCCGAAUUAACAGAGGGUACGGAUACCGAGGAUGAUGAAGGGGAGGAAGGGUAUUUGGUAACCGGUGGGAGUGGCAUUGGAUCCUCGGCUUAUGACGGUUCAGUGGCAGUCGAGGGCAAAGGGAAAAUGGUGGUGUUGACGAAUACUACAGUCGAUGAACCUAUUGUUCUUCGUUCGAUCCGUAUGAGAUCGAACGGUCAACAUCUGGAACAGAGAGAAUCCUUUAUCGCCCCGUUAUUAUCAGAAACUAUAGCCCAAUUAAGAGAAGCAGGUGGAAAAGUUGAAAAAUCGAAUAGUCGAUCCAGGAUCCCUUCCAUAGGAUCUUCGAUCAAAAAGCGAGCAGCAGCAAUGGCUGCAACUUUCAACCCGGGAACUCAAUCUAACGAACGACAAUCAGUCUCCCAUUCCUCCUCCAUAGGUCGUAGGGGUGUCCUAAACCGACUUUCUCAGACAUCCACCGCGAGUCGACGGGCCGAGCAAUCUGAGUCAACGGCUUUACAACCCCAACAAGCGGAAAUACUAGAUAUCAACGACACAUCUACUGAAAUACUAUUCCCGAAGGGAAAUGACGACAAAGAUAAAGAUAGAGAUGAAGUGAGUAGCAUGCACAUGAAUAUGAACGAUAAAGUAGUGCAAUUGGUAUAUACGGCGCCGAAGGGGAAGUUGAGGGUUGUUAAUCCGAGUCCUAGGAGGGUUAGUAGCGGUGGGACUGACGCGAGCUUGGGGUUCGUUCAGCAGAGGCCGGUGGUGCAGAGACGGGUUAGUAGUUCGGGGAAUUAUCAUCAUAGGGUUUUGCAGGCGCAGGCUCAAGCUCAUGGAGAGGGGAUUAUGAGGUUGGGGAGUUCGGCUGCGAGGAGGGUUGGGGAGAUGGAUUAA